UAAAAAAAAAAAAAAUUCAAGGUGAGGUUUUGAGUGAUCAGAUCAAAUCAAAAUUUUUUAUUUUCAUCAUCAAAGAAAUUUGCAAUUGAGUUACUGCUGGUUAUUGAAAUCCCCCCCCCCCCCCCCCCCCCCCUUUUCCCCUCUUUUUCUGUUAAUCCCGCUUCUCUGUAUCCCCUUUCUGUCUGCUUCCUCUGUUUUCAAAAGGUCUUUAAAGAUUUUUCAAAAUCUAAAGUCUGGGUUUGGUUUAUUAAUCAGAAUAAAAUCUGGGUUUUGGUUUGGAUUUGUGUUUAGAUAGUUUUUUGAAAAGCUAAGUGGUACACAGAAUUGAGAUUCAGUUUUUUUUUUUUUAAUUUUAGUUUUUUGUUAUAUAAAUUUGCUUUAAUCAUCUUGAAAGAGGGUUUAUUUUUGUUUCCCUCUGUAGAAAUUUCAUCUUUACAGCUUUUAUAGCCUGUUUACUUUAAUUUUGUUAAGAAACAGGUCAGAUUUAAGCUUUUUUUCUUUUUCUUUUGUUAGUUUUAUUAUUAUCAUCAUCUUAACUUUACUUUGAUUUUGAAGUUAGAAAUGGCAGCAGCUACAAAUAUUUAUGGUAGCAGCACCUUUAGUAGUAGUGUUAAUGGUGGAUCUUUAUAUAAUACAGAUCCAUUUAGAGGAGAGUUGAUGCAAGCACUUGAACCUUUUAUUCAUAACAGUGCUUCUACCACUUCUCCUUGUUCAUUUUCUUUAUCUUCAUCUUCAUCUCCUCCUUCAUCAUCAUCUUUCUCAUCUUCAUCUCCUUUUUCUUUAUCUUCAACUUCUUCAUCUUCACAGCCUGAUUUUGGUUACCCGGAUUUUUGUUCAACAUCUUCUACGGAUACCCAAAUGUUUUCUCAAGGGUAUUUUAGUAAUUAUGUGCAAUUAUCAUCAGCUGUUCUUGAUUCUUCAUCUCCUUCUUCUUUCAAUCUUAAUCAUCUUACCUUAGCCCAGAUUCAACAACUUCAACAACAGAUUCUUCUUCAACAACAACAGAAUGCUUACAUGAACAUGAUUUCAGAACAUCAAACAACCCAGAAUUCAUACCUAAGUCCAAAAUCAAUUCCAAUGAAAGCAGUGGGUUUAUCAUCACAGACAGCCAAACCCACAAAGCUAUACAGAGGAGUUAGACAGAGACAUUGGGGAAAAUGGGUUGCAGAGAUCAGACUACCAAGAAACAGGACAAGGCUUUGGUUAGGUACUUUUGACACUGCUGAGGAAGCUGCCAUGGCUUAUGACAGAGCUGCUUACAAGCUUAGAGGUGAUUUUGCUAGACUCAAUUUCCCACAUCUGAAGCACCAAUUAUCAAGUGCUGGUGAUGGGAAAUUUGGAGAUGAACAAAAUAAACCUCUUCCUUCAUCUGUUGAUGCAAAGCUUGAAGCGAUUUGUCAGAGUUUGGCUAUUAAUAACUCUGCCUCACAGAAACAAGGGAAGAUUUCCAAACCAGUUAGAGUUUCUAGUAAGAAGACUAAGAAAAUCAUGGUCACUGAAGCUGCUGCUGUUGUUGAUUCAACUCCAUCAGUGGUAGUUCCAGAGAAGGAUUCAUCAUCAUCAAAAUGUGAAAUGGGUUUUCUGGGUUCAUCAUAUUCAGAGGUUUACAAAGUGGGGAAUUCAUUGUCACCACCAUUGAGUAGUAGUGAUGAUGCAUCAGUUUUAUCAUAUUCUUCACCUGAAUCUUGUAUUGAGAUCCCAGAUUUCACAGAACAAGCAUGGAACAAUGAUUGUUCUUCAUCAGAGAAUUUCAUGUUGCAGAAAUAUCCCUCUUAUGAGGUUGAUUGGGCUGCUAUCCUUUCUUAGAAGUUCAGUUUUUAUUUCUCUUGUUCAACUACUGCAAAUGGGUUGUUUUUUGAAUCAUUUGCAUAGUUAGUGUUAAUGGGGGUUGUAAUUAAGGGUAUUAGUGAUUAAGUUUCUUUUUUUAGUUUUUUGCCUGUAAAAAUCCUCAGGUCUGCUAGUUUUUUUAUCUUGCAUGACCGUGGAGUAAAUUUCUAUUACUAAUGUAAUUCAGAUUAUCUAUUUAUUUUUUAAUCUAAGUACUAAGUAGUAUAA